AUGGGUAACUUAGAGAAAAGCCAUAAUGAUCAAAUCCAGUAUUUAUGGGCUAAUGCAAUGACUCUAGACCAACUACAACAAAGCUCAGAAAUUGAUGUGAUCAUCGCUAAGACCUUUGAUAUAAUCAAAUAUGACUUUGAUACAUAUACAUCAAACGACUGGGAAGAGCUGACACAAGUGACACUGAAGAACAUCCUGUAUGCUGUAGAUGAACCUGAAUUAGAUACUCUCCCAAUUCCUCUGUCAUGUGACUCCUAUCACCAAGUUUUGAAAGGCUUCAAUAACGCCUUUGGUUUAAUGUCAGAGAAUACAAAGAAGGCGGUAUUCCACAAAUGCAUAAAACAUCAGCUCGACUCUACAGUCAGUCAAACUGGGGUCCGUUGUGGGUCAGGAACCGACAGAACUCAAACCUGGCUGGAUAACAAUCUUGGGAGCUUUGCAGGUUAUGCAAAUAUUACUGAGUUCUCAACGUGGAAUUUGAACUUCCAGACUACUGACGUCAUAAACACUCUUAGCGCUACCCAACUUUCAAACGUGGCUGCAGUGGAUAUCAACAAUGAAGAGGUCGCUUGUCAAAUAGCUGGAAGAGUGCAGCAGUUUGGGAUUGAUGACGUGUACUCAUUCCUUGAUACAUUUUAUUCCUCUCUCCAAAAGCUGAAUAUACGAACGAUCAAAGACGCUACAAUCAGCCUUAAAUACCUGUCUUCUUCCAUUUCCGUCAUCGCGACUAAACUGUCCACAUAUUCCUCAAGUGACUGGAAUGAUCUCCUUUCUGUCAGAUUACAGCCUUUCCUCUCCAACAUAAAUAAUGAUCAAUUAUCCAAGCUCUUGGGCUCUGCUGAUUGUAUUGGCUACACCAUAAUUAUAGAGAAUGUGGGCAACCUUUUAGUUGACUUCAGCCAAGACAUCCAAGCCAGCCUUUAUCAAGCCAUACAUGAUAAUGUUGAAUCGCGCGUCACAAGCUCAGGUGUCUGCCCUGUGAGCGGUGAAUAUAGCACCACUGCAGUUCAAAGACUUUUCGGCAAAUUCUCUGUGUUUGUUAGUUAUGCCGACAUUCAGCGCUACAUACCUAGUUUCGAUGGGCUCUCUGCUAUUGGUGUCCUAAGUCCAGACCAAAUAGCAACUUUGACCUUCAGUGGAGAUAUACUCAAUAACCAAGAUAAAGCCCAAAUCCUCAUUCAGACUCUGUCUGGAUUUUCAUUCACCCAGUUAGACAGCUUCCUGUCCAGCUUCCAGACCACUGCGGACCAGAAUAACAAAAUAUCCUUGCCAAACCUCAGCAUCCAAAGUUCUCUGUUCAAUGCCAUCUAUGCCAAGGUCUCAACCCAAUUUACUAUAUUUACUAAUGCCCAGUGGACGGACUAUUGGCAGGGCAAAUUCAGUCUCUUUUUGGCAAGCAUCACUGACACCCAAAUUCAGCAGAUACCAAAUAACAUUAACUGCAAUGCCUUCCAAACCAUAAUAUCAGCCCUUGGAAGUCAAUACAACGCUCUCUCAGGAGACAUACAACAAUCAAUCUUUAACAAAGCGAAGUCAUACCUUACAGCUCAGCGCAUAGCCACUGGAUCAGCAUGCCCCUCAAUUACAGGAGACAGUGGCAUGUGGCUUAAGGCCAACCUGGGGGCAUUCAGUUCAUAUGCCAGCAUUGGAGACAUACUGGCGAUAAACUCCGGAUUUCAAGUUCUUUCUUCAGUCAAGUCCCUCACAGCCCAGCAGCUGGGCUCAUACAUAGCAAACAAUGCUAUCUUGUCAGACCAGAAUACGAUCACUACAGUCUUGGAUGGAAUAAACAGCCAAAAUAUUGGCGCCUUUUUGGACACAUUUAAUGCCGCCUGUAGCCAGAAUGGCAUCACGGGAAUAACCAAUGCACAGGUUAAAAGCCUAUUUUUGGGAGAAAUCUUCUGCAAGCUCUCAUCCGCCUUCUCAUCAUUCACCGUUAAUGAUUACAUCAGCUGGUUUCAAGGAAGAUUGACAUUUUUUGUUAAUUCAGUCAAUGCUAAAGCUCUGGGCUUCUUACCAGUCGACAUAAGCUGUGACUCCCUAUCUGCUAUUGUGGGGGGUUUAACAGCGGCUGCAAAUCCUGAGAAUCCCAGUGACGUAUACAGCUUUAUAAAAUCAGUCCUAAAUAAUCAACUAUCAAGCACAGGUUCUUCCUGCACCGGUGGCGGACUGGGCUCUAGAGGAUGGGUACUUCAAUAUUUUGGUGUGUACAUUACUUACGCAUCAUGGAGUGACAUUGUCUUGCUUUACCCAACUAUCAAAGUGGUGAGUUGUGUUGAUAUCUUUUAUAUCUGUGUUACAACCUUCUCUGAUGUGGAAAUGAUUGAGAAUCAUUGGGCAAUUAGAAAGAGUGCCAAGCAAUCAGUGACAUGA